CCUGAAUCCUGCAACUUCCAAUAAUCGAUUAACAUUACUUCGAUAAUCGAUUAUCUCUCUUCUCAGAACAUUCCCCGAAAUUGCCCAAGAACCUGAAGCCCUCAACAAUCGAUUAUCCACUUAGGACAAUCGAUUAUCUCCCCUUCCCUGCAAAUAAAGAGAUUGUAACUAUAAAACCCUGAGCUUAGAUAUAACAUUUGGUAUCAAAGCCUGUUGUUGAGCAUUCCCUUGAGGCCAUACAACACACUUCCCCUUUUCCUUCCUUUCCAUAUCCUUUACUUUCUUUCCCUUACUAUCAUCAUGUCAAACACUUCCAACAACCUGUCCAACGAAGAACUCCUCGCCUCCAAUGCUGCUCUCAAGGCCCAAGUUGAGUACUUGGCCAAGCAAGUUGCCCAACUCACUAAGCUCAAGAUGAGCAUGGUGAAUACCCCGGAGGAAAGUGAAGAAGACGAAGAAGUUCAGCCCGAAGCUAACUCUAGUAACACCACUAGAGAGGAGAAUCAUGAACGAGGAGCUACCGAUUUCAAGGUUGACAUACCAACCUUUGAAGGGAAGAACGAUCCGGAUGACUUUCUAGAGUGGCUGGAAACUGUUGAGCGCGUCUUUGACUUCAAAGAUGUGCCCGAAGAAAAAAAGGUCAAGAUCGUGGCAUUGAAGUUCCGGAAGUAUGCCUCCACUUGGUGGUCCAACCUAUCCACCAAAAGAAGGCGAGAGAAUAAGGCCCCUGUGAAGACUUGGCUCAAGAUGAGGAGCUUGUUGAAGAAGAAGUUCCUGCCCGAACAAUAUGUACGGGACAACUUUUCCAAACUUCAACACCUAAGGCAAGGUCCCCGCUCAGUUGAAGACUAUACUCGGGAGUUUGAAGAACUUUUGAUGAGAUGUGAUCUUCACGAAAACGAUUCACAAACAUUGGUACGUUACCUAUUUGGAUUAAACACUCAAAUAGCUAAUGUAGUAGAGCUGCAACCUUAUGAUACCUUUGAAGAGCUCUCUAAGCUGGCUCUCAAAGUUGAGUCCCAACUUAAGAGAAACAAAACCUCAU